AUGGAUGUUCUAUGGUUCUUGCUUCACCAUGCUCAUGUUGGAAGCGGAUCUGCCGGAUCGGUGGUGGCUAGCAGACUGUCGGAAGAUCCGAAUCACAGUGUUUUAUUGUUAGAGGCUGGGAUAGAACCUAAUAAAUUGUCAUACAUCCCUCUCAUGCCGCUUAUUCAGCACGCGGAUCUGAUAAAUCUACCGAACUGGGGAUAUAGGGUCUACCCACAGAAACGAAGCUUUUUUGGUUUUCACCACAAUUCUCCCCCAUGGUUAGCUGGCAGAGUUCUAGGAGGAACCAGCAAUUUAAACUUCAAUCUAUACGUUAGAGGCCAAAGAAAAGAUUACGAUUUGUGGGCCCAACAAGGAGCAACCGGAUGGAGCUGGAAGGAUAUAUUCGGAUACUUUCUCAGAGCAGAAAAUAAUAGCGAUUACCAUAAUGAAUUUCAUGGAGUAGGAGGUCCAUUGACUGUUUCUCAUUCGCCGUAUUACAGUCCAUUACUGAAAAUUUUUUUGGGUGCAAUCAAAGAGAUGGGUCUACCCAUACGUGAUUUUAAUACAGAUCGACACGAUUCAUUUUAUAUCAGUCAAGGGACCAUCGAACAUGGAAAAAGGAAAAACUCUUAUACAGCAUACAUCAAGCCAAACUUGCAUCGAUCUAAUUUAAGAGUGGUGACUUCAGCACUG